AUGUCCACUGCCCGGCGUAGCAAAGCCAUGCCGACUGAUGGCCCGACAGUCAAGUUCUUAUAUACCAUCAUCAAACAGCUCGAUCUCAAAUCAAUUGACUGGGGACUCGUUGCAAAUCAACUCGAAAUUUCCAACGGUCAUGCAGCCCGAAUGCGUUACUCUCGCUUCAGACAGCAGAUGGAAGGCAUCACAUCAACGCCCCGCGCGGCUCGUACCAAGAAAAGCCCGAAUAGGUCUAAAUUAAGCCCUUGCAAGGCAGACUUGCUGAAAGAAGCCGAUUCUUCUGAUAUGAAACCGGUUCUCAAACAAGAACCUCGGGCGUCUUCAAGCGAGCCAACUCCUUACAUCAAGACCGAUCCACAUGGCCAAGGAUUUCCUGCUUUGACCGAUAUUCCCGGCGUCACAUAUCAUAUAAUAUCGGGUUCACCUGCCCAGACAAUCACCCCUCCUUACUCCCAAAUGACAGUGUCUCCCACAGAAUUGACAACGUACAGUGCGACACCGAGCUUCUUGAGCCCUACACUUGGUUUCGAGCACCAACCGAGUCCAGCUUAUUCCUGGCCUCCUAUAAAGUUAGAGGCGGAUGAGGAUCAUAUGUUGAGUGACGUUUUUGUCAAAGUGGAAGAACCACAAGUGGAAGUGGUGAAUGCAAGCUGCAGCGAGGUGGAAUUCUGUGGAAUAUUUGAGCCUGGACUGAAGAUUGUUGAAGAGCCUAAGGAUUGA